AUGCUGGGCACAAAAUCCAUCAAGGUCAAUGGCGCCGAGGUGGGCAUCGAGUCGAUCAUGCUCGGUGUCAUCACCAGCAUCGGCGGCUUCCUCUUCGGAUAUGACACGGGCCAGAUCUCCUCCAUGCUUCUCUUCACCGACUUCCGCAACCGCUUCGCCACUGGCCCUCGUGACGAGGACGGCAUCAAGACCUGGGUCUCCAUCAUUCAGUCCCUCAUGGUCUCUCUGAUGAGCAUCGGAACCCUCAUCGGUGCUCUCUCCGGCGCCUACACGGCUGACUGGUGGGGCCGUCGCAAGUCCCUCACCUUUGGCGUCUGCAUCUUCAUCGUUGGCAACAUCAUCCAAAUCACCGCCAUGGAUACCUGGGUUCACAUGAUGAUGGGACGUUUCGUCGCCGGUCUCGGUGUGAGUAACCUGUCUGUCGGUGUGCCCAUGUACCAGUCCGAGUGCUCUCCGCGCCAGAUCCGCGGUGCUGUUGUCGCCUCGUACCAGCUCCUCAUCACCAUUGGUAUCCUCGUCUCCAACAUUAUCAACUAUGGCGUUCGCAACAUUCAGACCUCAGAUGCCUCGUGGCGCAUCGUCAUCGGCCUCGGUAUCUUGUUCUCUCUGCCCCUCGGCAUUGGAAUCCUCAUGGUUCCCGAGUCGCCCCGCUGGCUCGCCGCCCGUCAUGACUGGGAGGGUGCUCGCAUGUCCCUGGCCCGCCUUCGCGGCAUGAAGGAUGACCCUCACAACACUCUUGUUGAGGAUGACAUUAACGAGAUGUACAAGGUUCUUGAGGAGGAAUCGCGCGUCGGCGUCGGUUCAUGGAUGGAGUGCUUCACUGGCCGUCCCGCACGCCUGCCCAAGCUCGUCUACCGUACCCUCCUCGGCAUGACCCUCCACUUCCUGCAGCAGUGGACCGGUGUCAAUUACUUCUUCUACUACGGCGCCACCAUCUUCGAGUCGGCUGGUGUCGAUGAUCCUAUUCUUGUUCAGCUCAUCCUUGGUGCCGUCAACGUCGUCACCACGUUCUACGGCCUCUACGUGGUCGAGAAGUACGGCCGUCGCUGGGCGCUCUUCAUCGGUGGUUUGUGGCAGGCUGCGUGGCUCUGCGUCUUUGCCUCGAUCGGUGUCGCCCAGCCUCCCGACAACAACUCCACGACUGGCAUUGUCAUGAUUGUUUUCGGCCUCCAUGUUCAUUGCCUCUUUCGCCGGGCCUCGCUCGCCACCGCUGGCAACUGGCUCGGUAACUUUAUGAUUGCGUUCCUGUCUCCUCUUGCCGACGCCGGCAUCGGCUAUGCCUUUGGCUACGUCUUCGUUGCCUGCAACCUGGCAGGUGCGCUCGUCGUCUGGUUCUUCCUCUACGAAUCCCGCGGUCUUUCGCUGGAGAACGUCGACCGUAUGUACGGCCAGAAGGAUGUGAAGCCCUGGAACUCCAACAAGUGGGUGCCUCCCGGAUACCUCACCCGUGAGACGCGCGACGAGGCCACCUUCCGUCGCGCCAGUGCAGCCCGUGGCAGCGUCGCCCACACGUCGUCCGACGUGGAGAAGGAGAAGAGGCACGACGACAGCCCUAGCGAGAGCCAUCACGAGGGCAUGUUCAGUGGUCGCGACAACCAGGUUUAA